GUAAUUUGUCAAAAAAAUUAAAAAACUUGAGGCCUAGGCCCACUUGAAAUGUGAUGUUGGGUUGGGCAGCAUAGCAGCUUGCUGGCCUGCACCUUCCUUCAUUCCUUCCUUCACACUCCUCUCUCUCUCUCUCUCUCUCUCUCCCCCAAAAAAACACAAAACACAUUUCAACUCAUUAAAAAUGGCCUCUUUGUCAACCUUUGAACUUGAUCAUCUUCUUCACACCACCCCAAUCACUCCCACACCUCCUCCUCCUCCUCCAUCCUCACCAAUCAAUACUCUCAUCAAUUCACAAACCACAAACCCUAAAAACCACUCACAUCCCAAACCCUAUAACUCCUCCUCAGAUGACAAUCCCUACUGUCAAAGCUCAAGCAACCACCACCUCCACUGAUCUAGGGCUUCUUCACCACGCAAUUCAGUCUCUUCAAUCUUCGCCGCCCACCUGGCAAUCCUCUCUCCUCAGCAAUCUCAUCAUCUUCGUCGUGGGUUCUCCUCUUCUUCGCUCCGGCCUCUCUCUCCCCGGCAUUGGAGCUGCCUUCUUGCUCGGCACCCUCACAUGGCGCGCUUUUGGUCCCUACGCUUUUCUUCUCGUCGCCACCUAUUUCGUUAUUGGUACAGGUGCAACAAAGUUGAAAAUGGCACAGAAGGAGGCUCAAGGGGUUGCUGAGAAGAGGAAAGGAAGGAGAGGACCAGGAAGCGUGAUUGGUUCCAGUGCAGCUGGUUGUGUUUGUGCUUUCCUUUCAAUAUUUGGAGUUGGCGGAAGCAAAUUUUAUCACCUUCUGGAACUUGGGUUUGUCGCCAGUUUCUGUACUAAAUUGAGUGAUACUGUCUCAAGUGAAAUAGGAAAAGCAUAUGGAAAAACAACGUAUCUAGUCACGACAUUUAAGAUAGUUCCAAGGGGAACCGAAGGAGCUGUUAGUGUUGAGGGAACCGUUGCUGGACUUUUAGCAUCAAUUCUUCUUUCUUUCGUUGGUUAUCUGAUGGGUGAGAUAAAUGGACCGGAGGCUGUGAUUUGUGUCGUAGCUUCCCAGAUUGCUAAUCUUGGUGAAAGCGUGAUAGGUGCUUCCCUCCAAGAGAAAGAAGGAUUCCGAUGGUUGAACAAUGAUGCUGUUAAUGUCAUCAACAUAUCUAUCGGAAGUAUGUUGGCAGUCUUGAUCCGGCAAAUUGUACUCCAAAACUGGAAUACAUAGUUUUACAAGAUCACCCAUUUAGUUUUAGAUCAUCUCACAAGGAAAGGUGCAUGGCUCAGGCCCAUCUUUGCUUAUAGAAUCUGUGAAUAUUGACUGAAAAUGGAAAAACCACACGUGACUGUGAAACUCUUAACCGUUACAGAAAUACAAUCAUAUUAUUUGGUUAUACUCCCUAUAGUUUGUAAAACAUGAAUUUAUAAGUGCACUAUUCAGUUUGGUUAUAACACACUAUAGUUUGUAAAACAUGAAUUCUUUUAUUGUAAUUACAACAUCAGGCUGAGUUCUCGUAUCUAUUUAUUUAAAUUUUGCUAUGCA